CCAAAGUCUCAAUCAAGAACAACACUGACAACAAGAGAAUCCAACCAUGACUCCAUCUCUCAUUCUUGCCUCCCUUCUUCAUUACCUUCUCAUACAACUACUCUUGCUGCCAUGUCAGCAAAACACUCUCACACUCGCGGCACCUGGUGGCGGCAAGUGGAACCUCCUCCUCUCCGACAUAGGCGUCUCUGCCAUGCACAUGCAGCUCCUUAAUACAGAUCGUGUUGUCAUUUUUGACCGUACAGAUUUUGGACCCUCCAACAUCUCUCUCCCCAAUAACCAUUGCCGCAAUGACCCCAAUGAUCUAAUGCUUAAAGUCGAUUGUACUGCCCAUUCGGUAGAAUACGAUGUAGCUUCCAACUCCAUCCGGCCUCUCAACGUUCUCACCGAUGUCUGGUGCUCCUCCGGCUCAGUCAUGCCUGAUGGCUCUUUAAUGCAGACUGGUGGAUUCAAUGACGGAGACCGCAAUGUCAGAGUUUACAAACCAUGCGGGGAUAAUUCUUGUGACUGGCAAGAAUUUGACGCAGUUCUUAGGCAGAGAAGAUGGUAUGCCACCAAUCAUAUUUUGCCUGAUGGUAGACAGAUUAUUGUUGGUGGUCGUGGGCAGUUCAGUUAUGAAUUUUACCCUAAGAAAGCUGGAGCUGAUCAAUCAUACAAUUUGCCAUUCCUUUCACAGACUAAUGACCCGAGAAUUGAGAACAAUUUGUACCCGUUUGUUUUUCUUAACGUGGAUGGAAAUUUAUUUAUUUUCGCCAACAACCGAGCUAUCUUGUUCGAUUAUACGAAUGGGGUGGUGGUGAGGAACUACCCCACAAUUCCAGGUGGGGAUCCGAGGAGUUAUCCUAGUUCAGGGUCUGCAGUCUUGCUUCCAUUGAGGGACUUGCAAGCUGGUUCGAAUGUUACUGCUGAAGUUUUAGUGUGCGGUGGUGCACCAAAAGGAUCUUUCACUAGUGCAAACAAUGGAAAAUUUGUUGGGGCACUUAAUUCCUGCGGAAGGAUCCGAAUAACCGAUCCAAAUCCACAGUGGGUCAUGGAGACCAUGCCUUUGGCUCGAGUCAUGGGUGACAUGGUGUUGCUACCAAAUGGCAAUGUACUGAUCAUCAAUGGGGCAUCCACGGGUACGGCUGGGUGGGAUUUGGGUCGUGAUCCAGUAUUAACACCCCUCAUUUAUCGACCCAAUAACCCAGUGGGAUUGAGAUUUGAAGCCCAAAACUCAACUUCAAUACCUCGAAUGUAUCACUCAACUGCGAUCUUGCUUCGUGAUGGUCGUAUUCUUGUUAGCGGUAGCAAUCCUCAUGCCUAUUACAAUUUCACAGGGGUACUUUUUCCUACAGAUUUGACAAUGGAAACAUUUUCACCCGACUAUUUGGAUCCACGUUUGGUACGCGUACGCCCUAGAAUUGUUUCGCCGGCUUCACACUCUCAAAUCGAAUAUGGACAGCAACUUGUUAUUAAUUUCACAGCUCAAGGCAGAAUAAAUAGAGGUUUUAUCACAGUAACAAUGGUUGCACCUCCAUUUACUACGCACUCUUUCUCAAUGAAUCAAAGACUAUUGGUUCUUACAAACAGGACGGGAAUCAGUGCUAGUGUGACACCACUUGGAAGAUCGAAUUAUCAAGUUCGGGUUAUGACACCGGGUUCGAAUAUUCUUGCUCCUCCCGGAUACUAUCUUCUGUUCGUGGUUUAUCGAGAAGUUCCUAGUCAAGGCAUUUGGAUCCAAAUCAAGUAGUUAAUAACUCAGAUAUCAUUUAUUCUCUUCCAGUGCUUCAUUCGGUGUCACUGUGUUUUUUUUCCCAGGAAAAUGGGAUAUGUAUAAUGCGUGAUCUAAGUGAUAGAUAUUAUAUAUUCAAUUUGGAACUGUAAAAAUGUUUUGUUUUAGA